CCUCCCGCAUCGAGAACAUCCGGUUUUCUUACCAACAAUAAUAGACUUUAGCGCCAAUAAACAUGUCUCACACCGAGGACGAAGACGACCCGUUUCCUGUAGAUGACUGUCUGUUCACGGAAACGUUUUCUCUGGAGUCCGUGUACACGCUGAUGGGAGAGGAGGUGAAGAUCAGACAGCUGUUCGGUGCGGACCUCGGCGUGGCUGCACCGGUCUGGGAGGCUGCGUUACACCUAUGCCGUUACUUGGAGGAUCAGUCUGUGGAGCUGAGGGGAAAGCGGCUCAUAGAGCUCGGAGCAGGCACCGGUGUGGUCGGUAUUGUGGCAGCUCGCUUGGGAGCAGAGGUGACUCUCACAGACCUUCCUUUGGCUCUUCCACAGCUUGAUGCUAAUGUCUCUGCUAACAAGCCUUCCAGCGGGUGGCCUUCUCUCCCUCCCACUGUCCUCCCUCUGUCCUGGGGUGAGGAUCACAUGAACUUCUCCUCUGACUGGGACUUGGUGCUCUGUGCUGAUAUCAUUUACCUGCCAGAGACAUACCUCCCACUAGUGGAGACACUAGCUCACCUGUGUGGUAAAGGAGCCGCAGCGUAUCUCUCAUCCAAAAUGCGAGAUGAGCACGAAACGGCAGCUUUCUAUGAGAAGCAUCUACCGAGCAGAUUCAAUGUGGAGCUUGUGCACCGAGACGACAAACAAAACAAUAAUAUCUACAGGGCGUCUUUAAGAACAGGCCAGUGACGACAGGAGGGACGGCCUACUGCUUUUUUAUAAAUAAAUAAAAUUAUGAGUUUGUCUGUUAUUUAAAUUAUUUUGAGUUUCACAUCCCACUAACUGUAGAACCUAUAAAAGCUAAAGCUAUUUUAAAUGAAUUUAAAUGUAAUCAUAUUAUUUUUAUUUAUCUCUA